AUGAAUCCGGUGGCACUGUUCACCAUAAGCUAUCAUCUUGGGAGCUCAUCCAGGAUCUUCAAGACAAGCCAUACCCCCAUUCCAAGUUUUACAGGACACUGCAGACAGGAACACAUUAGAGAGCUAGCUGGAGCUGGAGCUCCAGGGACAUCUCUCAGACUGGAAAUCAUCAUCCUGACCCAAGAGACCCAGAAGCAAAUUCUUGUCACGGCUAUGCCUCCGGACUGUAUGGAUGGAAACAUUGCUGCCCCGCGCCGGCGGGAGGGGCCCGCAGCCCGGCUGGAGGCCAGGCCUCUGAGCCUCUCCUUCCCUUCCUUGCAGAUCACCUUCUACGAGGACCGGGGCUUCCAGGGCCGCCACUAUGAGUGCAGCAGUGACCACUCCAACCUGCAGCCUUACUUCAGCCGCUGCAACUCCAUCCGCGUGGACAGCGGCUGCUGGAUGCUCUACGAGCAGCCCAACUUCCAGGGCCCCCAGUACUUCCUGCGGCGCGGCGACUACCCCGACUACCAGCAGUGGAUGGGCCUCAACGACUCCAUCCGCUCCUGCCGCCUCAUCCCCCACACUGGUUCCCACCGGCUGAGGAUCUAUGAGCGAGAGGACUACCGAGGCCAGAUGGUGGAGAUCACAGAGGACUGCUCCUCACUCCACGACCGCUUCCACUUCAGUGAGAUCCACUCCUUCAAUGUGCUGGAGGGCUGGUGGGUCCUCUACGAGAUGACCAACUACCGGGGGCGGCAGUACCUGCUGCGGCCGGGGGAUUACAGGCGCUACCACGACUGGGGGGCUACAAAUGCCAGAGUGGGCUCCUUGAGGAGGGCCGUGGAUUUCUAUUGAAAUAUUUUUACUCUACCCUUUUCUCCACAUGAAAGUUAAUAAAAUAUUUCCUGUGUGCUUGAUGCAA